CACCGUAGCAAAUCGCAGAAGACGUAAGAAACACUGAUUUUUCUCCAAAUUGGUAUUUCAGAAACUGAGACACGAAGUCCCAUUUAAUAUCACAUCUAUCCUGUUCUUGUUAGUCAAUGGAAUAAUCGCCACGUGUUUGGCAACGAUUUUGCGCUAAUAUAGAGCCUAAAAAUGGCGCUAGUUCGUCGUAUUAAUAGUAAUUUUGGUUUUGUAUUAAAUACAUUAUAUUGUAAAUGUACGACAAAUAUAAAGAGAUUUGUAACGGAACACAAUGUUAUGAGAUAUUCCAAUCAAGUUGGUGCAGAUAAACAUAUAAAUUAUGAACCAUUUGAUCAAAUGCUUAAAUUCAGGCAGAAUGAAGCAAAAAGAUGUAUUUUAGUAAAGCUAUGUGAUAUGAAACAUAUUAGUGAUUUUGAAAAUUUUUGUAAAUGUUAUGUAACUAUUGUAAACAUUUUUCCUUAUUACACAGCGAAUAAUAACAAUUUUGUAUUAAUGGAAUUACGAUCAAUUGAAGAUGUGCAACACCUCAGAGAUAUAGCUGUCUUUAGAACAGAUGUAGAAUGUGUUCAAAGUGUGACACCAUUAUUUUCAUUUACAUCACGGAAUAAAAUCUGUCCAAUUACGUCAACAAAAGAUAUUAGUAUAUAUUCCAACUUUAAAACUCUAGCGCCAAAUAAAAUUGACAAAUCACUGGAACAAAUAGAUUCUGCGUCAGAUCAAAUGAUAGCCCUAUACAAUUGUUUAAAAAUUACAGAUCUAGACAUAAGACUGAGAUUUUAUACUGCUAAUGAGAUUUCAUAUUACUUAACUAGGUUAUUUCCCAAUAUAUGUGUGGUACCAUUUGGAUCCUCUGUUAAUGGAUUUGGUCAAAUAGGAUGUGAUCUUGAUUUACUAUGUAAACCUGUUGUGAGUAAUAAUAAAAAAAUUAACUGGAGGAGGUUCUUGUUUCUGACACAAAAUAUCCCUCUUGCAGAAAGAAAUGAACAAAAAGAAUUCUUAGAAACAGUAGGUACAGUAAUGAAACUGUGUAUUCCUGGAAUCAGUGAUGUAAAAAAGAUUCUUGGAGCUCAGGUUCCUAUAAUUAAAUUUUAUAACGUAUAUACAAAUAUGAAAUGUGAUCUUAGUAGCACAAACCUGAUUGCAUUACACAUGUCCGAGUUGUUAUAUACAUAUGGACAAUUGGAUUGGCGCAUUAAGCCACUUGUUUACACCAUUCGUAAGUGGGCAAGAGUUAUGAAUUUGACAAAGGAACAGCCAGGUCACUGGAUAACAAAUUUUUCCCUUACUUUGUUAAUUAUAUUUUAUUUACAAGUGAAAGAUAUAUUACCAUCUGUGAACACCAUAAAGUGCUUUGUAGAACUCAGUAGGAAUGACAACGAUGCAGCAGAUCCUAAUUUUAAUUGGUUUGAAAGUUGGAAAAAAUCCAUAAAGCGUACCAAUAAUGAAGAUUUGCACAAUCUUUUAUUUAAUUUUUUUGAAUAUUAUAGUAUUUUCGAUUUUAAAACGCAAGCAAUUUGUAUAAGAGAUGGAAGAUACAAACCGAAAAAUGAUUUCUCGCCUCUUUAUAUUUAUAAUCCAUUUAAUACAACAUUAAAUGUCAGUAAAAACGUUACCUCAUGUGAACUAAUACGUUUGGUAGAUUGCUUACAAAAAGCAUUUAAUACAAUGUUAAAUUCAUCUGAAAAAGACGUUAUUUCGAAACUAAUUAAUUUAGAAGCAAAAACAAAAAGAACACAAAUAAGACCAGAGGAAAAGCUUUUGCCAACUGUAACCAAUAUUAAGAGUUUGAAAAAAAUACAAGGCAAUAUAAUAAAGUAAUAAUAAAUAUGACAUUUCAUUUCAA